AUGUGUUUCUUUCUUCAAACCAUACCCAAAUAUUAUAUUAAUGGAUCCAUCUAAGAAUCUUAUUAAAACGAAAUCUUUCUAUAACCUAAAAGAUUUGUCACAAAUUUCUUAUAGUAAUAUUUUGUUAACAGUUUAUCAAAUAAACGAUUAAAAUUUUAAGAAUAAGGCAGUAAAGCAAACCUUGAAUAUUUAAAAAGAGCCUUCCUUAAAAAAAUAGCCAAAACCUUGAUUAAGGAAGAUUCAAAAAUGAUUCGACCUCGUUUGGACGUGUCCUAUUUAACUGAUGUCUGGUUAAUGAAGAAUCCCAUCAGAAAAUAGAUUAAUGUAAAAGUAUUCUAUUUUUUAAUUUUAGGAUGAAGUAGUAGUUUCAAUUAAUUAUAAUAACAUUAACUCCUCCAUUAAUGAUAUUAUAAAUCAAUUUUUUACAAAAUUUCUAUAAACUUACCAAAUUCAAAAAUUGCAAUAAAGACUCAUAAACGACUUAAACAAAUCGCUGAAGUUGAGUAACCUGUUCAAGAAUUGUCUUAAUACGAAGAAAAGUGGUUAAAUACGCUUUAAAAUAAUUAAUAAAAUAGCUGCUUCAUCUCUAUAUCAAAAUGUGAUUUUUAAUAUCCUCAUAGAUCCUUUUAAGGUCAUCCUGUGUUCAUAUAGAUGUAAUAUAUUCUAAAAUAAAGUUCUAAAUAAGACUUAUAUGAAAAAGCUAUAAUAUUAUUAAUAUAUUAUUAUUGAAGCUAACCUCAUAAUAUUUUUGUAAGCAUUAAAAAAAUAUCCAUCUAGUAAGUGUUAUUAGCUUAAUUGA